AGAAAUAGCCAUAUGAAGAGAUGCAGAUGGAGGGGGGGGGCCUGGAAGGGUCCAGAGCUGGAGCUUCUAUCUCCAUAGAGCUGGGGUUACGUCACCCUCUGGGCACACCGAUGAGUUCUUCACCUUCCCGUCAGCCUCCACACCUUCAACUCCCAGAAGCUCCCCGAACCCUGUCCUUUGGGCCUUUUUGGAGAACUUCAUUGGCUUCAUGAGUGAAGCAUGGACAACUGUGAAAAUGUGUUUGGACAAAAACGGUCUGAUCUAAGCCCAGCAAGGCCGGUCCAGAUUCUUCCGGCCUUUGUGCAGCAUUCCUUUCUCCAUGGUAUGCGGCAAGGACCCACUCUGGAAUGAGGAUCCUACAACCCACAUCAGAUUAGAGUCCUGCCUUGGGCAGGUGAAAAGACGACGUCAGAAGGUCGGAAGAGGAGAGGCUGUUAUCUGAGUCCUGAGGCGCCCCAACAUUACAGUGAAAGAUUGUAACCGUGGUCAUGUGAGUUAUGAGCUAGGAACUGUGGACGAAACCAACGUAUAUACUCCAACCUCCCAACGCCUUUCCUUUCACAGCCUCUGCAGCAAACUCUGGUCACUGUCAUUGCUCCUGUGGCCCAGAGGCAUGCCCAGGGUGCCAGUCCGUGCCCACAUGGGAACCUACACCUGCUUGUAAAGCCUUCCCUCCCUCUGAGCAGCAACCAGGACAGUUUGGUGUUCCAAGCAGUGGGCUUCUGUCUGUUUUGACUCAUCACAGGGUGGGGAGAGCAGGCCAGGGACCCGCAGGAGGGCUUAUCCUUGAGAUUGCGUGGGAGACACAACAAGAGGCGAGGGCCCGCGGGCGGGGUGGGGCGGAGCAGGUGAUAUCCAGCCCAGAGCCCCAGCCUCUCCCCACAGUCUCACCAUGACCCGCACCGUGGUGCUCAUCACUGGCUGUUCCUCGGGCAUCGGGCUUCACUUGGCCGUACGACUGGCGUCGGACCCAUCUCAGAGCUUCAAAGUGUAUGCCACCAUGAGGGACCUAAAGACACAGGGCCAGCUUUGGGAGGCAGCCAGGGCCCAGGGGUGCCCUAGGGACUCCCUGGAGACGUUGCAGCUGGACGUAAGAGACUCAAAAUCCGUGGCCGAUGCCCAGGCACGCGUGACCGAGGGCCGUGUGGAUAUACUGGGUGAGCCUCGAGAAACUCUUGGGCUCCUAGGAGCCUUCACCCCGUGUUCAAAUCACCAUGUCCCAAGGCCCAGGGAGCAGGAGGGCACAGGCCGGGCUGAGGGUGAUGCUGAGGCUGCUCGGGCCUCUGUCCCCGCAGUGUGUAACGCGGGCCAGGGCCUGCUGGGGCCGCUGGAGGCGCUGGGGGAGGACGCCGUGGGCUCUGUGCUGGAUGUGAACGUGGCAGGGACGGUGCGGAUGCUGCAGGCCUUCCUGCCAGAGAUGAAGCGGCGCGGUUCGGGGCGCGUGUUGGUGACCGGGAGCAUGGGAGGACUGAUGGGUCUGCCCUUCAAUGACGUUUACUGCGCCAGCAAGUUUGCGCUGGAAGGCUUAUGCGAGAGCCUGGCGGUUCUGCUGCCGCCCUUUGGGGUCCACGUGAGCCUGAUCGAGUGCGGCCCGGUGCACACCCCCUUCAUGCAGAAGGUGUUGGGCGGCCCCGGCGGGAUGCUGGACCGCACGGACAGCCGGACCCGCCUCCUCUUCCACCAAUACCUCCAGCACAACAAAGAGAUCUUCCGCGAGGCCGCGCAGCACCCGGAGGAGGUGGUGGAGGUGAGCGCCGGGCCGGACUCCGGGAGCGGGGACGGUGCGUCCUCCCGUGCGCAGCCGGGGCCAGAGCUCCCUUCCCGCCGCCGCAGGUCUUCCUCACCGCUCUGCGCGCCCCGAAGCCGGCCCUGCGCUACUUCACCACCGAGCGCUUCCUGCCCCUGCAGCAGAUGCGCCUGGAUGACCCCAGCGGCUCCAGUUACGUCGCCGCCAUGCACCGCAAUGUGUUCCCCAAAGAGCCCGCAGAGGCCGAGGCCGGGGCCGGGGCCGGGGCCGGUGGGGUGGGGGACCCUGAGCUCGGUGAUCCUCCGGCCGCCCCGCAGUAGAGGCUCCCUCAGCCGCUGUCUCGCGCCCUCCUUUGUCCCCUGGGUCUGUGUGGUCCCUGGGGAUGUGGCGGCGGUGGCGGCUGUGGAUGGCGAAUUAAGACAGAUCGCCUUAGCCCGGUAUACCUGCGCGACUACGUGCGAUGGCUGUCGCCUGUAAUCACAGCACUUUGGGAGGUGGAGGCAGGAGGAUUGCUUGAGCCCAGGAGUUCGAGACCAGCCUGAGCAACAUAGUGAGCCCCUUCCCCCUGCCACCGCCGGCCAUCUCUACAAAAAUAAAACAUUU